AUAUUAAUUAACCUAUCAAAUAUAAUUCUUUCUUUCCUUUUAUGCUUUCUGCCCCUAAAACCCUUAAAACCCCAACACCAUUUCUUCUUCACUUUCCUCAAUAUUCACCAUAAAACCUAAAAUGGAAGCGUUUGUCCCUAUCUCAAGAACUUCAAAUCCAAUAUCUUUUUACAAAAAUGUAUUUACCCGUUUCUACGUUUCGACCCCAAAUAAUUAUCUUUACAAAAAUCCCACCAAAAGAGACUCAUUAUACAGAAGAAUUUCACCCAUAGGUGACCCAAAAGUGUCUAUAGUGCCUGUACUUGAUCAAUGGAUUAAAGAAGGGAAACAUGUUGUUAAAGAAGAACUUCAGAGUAUUAUCAAAGAAUUAAGAAGUUUCAGAAGAUACAAACAUGCCCUUGAGGUAUCUUACUGGAUGACGGACAAAAGAUUUUUCACCCUCCAACCUUCUGAUAUUGGAGUGCGAAUUCAACUGAUUUUUAAAACUAAAGGUCUAGAAGAAGUUGAAAAGUAUUUAGAUAGCAUCCCACAGCAAUUUAAAGGCUUUUACAUGUAUUCAUCUCUUCUCAACUGUUAUACCAGUGAGAAGUCUGUAGAGAAAGCUGAGGCCAUUAUGCAAAAAGUAAGGGAUAUGAGGUUUAAUCGUACACCGUUGUGCUACAAUUUCAUGAUGAACAUGUAUUAUCAAACAGGAAAUUGGGAGAAAAUGGACAACAUGAUGAAUGAAAUGGAGGGGAAGGGUAUAAUUUUUGACCAGUUCACUCUCAUGAUCAGGUUAAGUGCAUAUGCUGCUGCUGGAGAUUCUGGUGGAAUAGAUAAAAUAGCAAUGAUGUUGGAAUCUGAUAAACGGAUCACAUUAGAUUGGAAUGUUUAUACUAUCAUUGCUGAGAAGUAUCUCAAAGUUGGGCAAGCGGAAAAAGCUCUGGCAAUGCUGACUAAACUGGAGGGCAUGCUUGCCACAAUCAAGAAUAAGCAUGCUGCAUUUGAUUUAUCACUAAAACUUUACGCGCAGGCUGGAAAGAAGGAAGAGCUACAUCGAGUUUGGGAUCUGUACAAACAGCAGAAUCAACAAAUUUAUAACAAGGGUUACAUUAGCAUAAUGAAUUCAUUGAUGAAAUUUGAUGACAUAGAAGGAGUUGAACAAAUAUUUGAGGAAUGGGAAUCACGGGGGUUAUCCUAUGACUUCCGAAUUCCAAACAUUUUGAUCGGCGCAUAUUGUAAAAAUGGUGUUCUACGCAAGGCUGAGGCCCUCAUUGACAGAGGAUUACCAAAAGGAGGUGUUCCUUCUGUCAUCACGUGGUGUCAUUUGGCAAGUGGGUAUAUCCAUGAAGAUCAGGUUUCAAAAGCCAUUGAAGCAUUGAACAAGGCAAUCUCAAUCUGCCCGCCUAAGUUUUUCCCUAGCGAGGAGACUUUACGUACCUGUGUAGAAUAUUGGGAAAAUCAGGGAAAUGUGGAGAAGGCUGAGGAGUUUGUGAGGUCUUUAGAGGCCGGGGGUGUCUUUUCAGCAGUUUUUUGUGACAAGUUGCGGUGCUUCAUCAACAAAGGGGAACUACAAACAGGACCAGCAUUGAAGGUGGGAACAACUGAAGGAGAGUUAUGAUUAUGUGGGGGAUGUAUACUGCAAACUGAAGCUUAUUAGGAAGCUCAAUAGCAUGUAGUCCAGUGAGUUAACAGGUGCUUUCACGUCUUUUGUUGGACAAACAUAGCUGUUAUUUUUGUUGACAUUGAACACCCUGUCGUUGAUCUCACUGAAACUUGUCAGUUGUUAGUUUCUAGUGAUCUUAAGCUGCAUUUUCAUCCGUGAUUGCUAACGGACCGCCUUAGUCAUCAAUUCUGUAAAGAUGCUAUAUUCUCAGUACAUGUUAUGGUCAAAUGAACUCUUAAAGUAGGUACUGACUUGUAUAAUCUGCUCCAGAUGGAUAGUCGAUCCUACACCUCUUAAUGAGCAUGUAUAGACUAUUAAACCGCAACACUGGACACAACGUGUCUCUUUCCUGUUUUGGUACCAAUGGCUACUGGGAUGGAACA